AUGCUCUUUACUGGUGAGCUUGUUGACAUGUAUUCGAAGUACUCGGAGUGGCGUGGAUGGAAGUGGUCGCCACUUCAAAUCCAAGAGUCCGAUCUAGGUGGAGUGCGCUCUGCGCUGGUAGCUGUUGAAGGUGAAAAUGCAUACGCUGAUCUUAGAUUCGAAGCUGGUGUCCACCGCGUGCAACGAAUUCCUCAAACUGAUAAAUCACGAAUGCAUACUAGUACUGCCAGUAUUGCCGUUCUUCCUGAGCCAGAAGAGGUUUCCGUGGUAGUUCCAUCGGAGUCGGUGAAAUUGGAAACUAUGCGAGCUUCUGGACCGGGAGGACAGAAUGUAAAUAAACGAUCGACAGCCGUUAGACUCACACAUACCGAGACAGGAAUUGUCGUCCACUGUAUGGAAGAGCGGUUCCAGCACCUCAAUAUUCAGGUCCAGUAA